AUGGCGCGCCUAGCUAUGACAGGGACCGCGGCCGCGGACCCGGUGGCGGACGGGGCUGGUGCGCAAGCACCGGCCACCGUCGUGCCGCCGGGGAUGCGCAGCGGACGCUGGAAUAGCUCCGAUCGCGUGCAACUGGAGGACGCGGUGAUGGUCGCAAGGAUCGCAGGUGCGUCGCAGGUCAGGCUGAUAAGGCCUGGCUACGCGACCAUCGAGAUCGACCUGAAGCACGAGAAGGCCGCGGGCGACCGCGCGUCGGUGCAGGCGGCAGAGCGCUCGUACGUCGAGCGCACCGCGCCAAAUAAGAAGGAGCUCACCAAGGAGCAGCUCGCGGCUCGAGCCGCGGCACGCAAGGCCAAGAAGGCCCGGCAGAAGGCGCGCCGGGCGAAGGAGGCUGGCGAGCGCGCCGCGAGCGAGGCCGAGCGCGCGGAGGCCCCGCGGGCGCAGCUGCGCGAGAACAUCCAGUACGUGAUGGCCGGGCUGCGGACUGCAGCUGCGCAGACGCGCAGCCAGGCCGGGUCCAAAAUAGAGGGGACCGUGGCGACGACCGUCGCCUCGGACUGGCUCGCAACCGAGCUGGCCGAGUAUGGAGAGAUUGAUGCGGCAUGCCGCGACAGAUUUGUCAUGCACCUGAUGACGGCCGCCGGCGCCUCGGCGCCGGCCGACGCCGUGUUCAGGUUCACAGCCGGCGAGGCGAUGCAGACCUCUCGCCCGACCUCCGCGUCGGGCAAGGACGACGACGAGGACACCGGCUCCGAGGAGUAUUCCGACGACAGGGCGUCCGACUAG